AUGGAUCCACGAAUAGCACAGUCUGGAACCACUGAGGAGUCCGUCGAUGUCUCGGAGUCUUCGCUAGCACAGAAGGAAAAGAUUUUUUCCAUUGAGAAUACAUCAAGAAAGAUGAGUACGACCACUUACACACUGGCUGGAAAGACUCCGGUAAUCUGCAGUUCGAUGGGAACUCUCAGCGGUGCCGUCUCACCCCCCGUCGCCUAUGCAGCUGAAGCAGUCCAGACCCCCGAAGGAGUUCUCCUGGGUGGAAAGUGUCUGACCUUCAGCAAACCAAUGGCAGCCCCAGGCAGUGGGACCGGACCCUCCGCCUCCCCCUCCUCUGCCUCUCCCUUUCUCAUUAAAUUGGCCAAACCCGCGGGAUUUCUCCUAGACACCGAGGGCUCAAGGACUUACACACCAUUGAACUUCAGUGUGCCUGAAUACGCACACCACCAGCACCAGCCACCAGCCGAGGACUCAGGCUCGACUAAUCAAGAGUCGAGUUUCGUAUGA